AUAGCAUGGCAUGUUCUUAUGUAUUUUCUGAUGACAAAUCUUUCCUACAAGAUUUGGACUUCAUGUUAGAAUAAUCGGAUUAAUGUCCAUCCUUGUUGAAAUGCUAAUCCUGCUCCAUCUAGCUGUAAAAGUAAUAAUCAGAUAAUAAAUCUAAUGUAUCAUGUGCUGAUUUAGUUGAUUUGGAGAGAGGAGGUAAAAUAUUCAAUCAUUGAAGGUUGCAUUCUCCAGACCAAAAUCGGUCCAAUUUAGUAUGGAAUGCCUCCAGAAACAAUAAAGGACUGUUUAAAUUUGGGAAUGGAAGUUCCAACAUUUUAUCUAAUACCAACAAAGAGGUAUAAAAUUUAGAAAUGCUAGAUUUGAUAAAAGACUGGGUAUAAGCACUGCAGAAUUUGAGUUUCCAGCUUAUUUUAAUUUCUUUUGUAAAAAGAAGCAAAUAACAUUAAUCUGUACUGCUGACACUGAGAAGGCAAUACGAACUGUGUUUCAAGAGACUCUAUUAGGCCCAGUCGAUCAUCCUGAUUUGGCACUUGAUUUCUACCACAAAUAUCCCAAAAGUGCAUACCCAGAUUUUCAUAAAGAAAGAAGUGUAUUUUCAAGGAAUCCAUCAAAUUUGGAUGAAAAAUUGACGAUAGACCAUUUAUUAAAAUUCUGCUUAUUUGAUGAAAAUAAUACAGCCACAUUAACUGAAGGGGAAAUCACAAUUAAAAUAAUUAAGGAUAGCAAUUCAUUUAAGAUCUUAGAAAAUGGGAUAUAUCUCAAAGCCAUUCAAGAUACGUUUACAUUCCCUUCAUAAUAUUAUGAAUAUAUUGUUACGAAACCAGAUGAUUAUAGAGCUGAGAGCCUGAAGAAUAUUAAAUCUAAGAGAGAUGCUGCAAAAGAAUAAUGUCCAACUCCAUUGUUGGUUAGACAAUUACCAGAAAUGACAGUUGAAGAAAAGGUGGAGAAUUGGGUUAUUGGUAAUAAAUAUUAAAGAGGUGGCGAGAAGAAGUUGUCAGUAGUCUUAUGGGAUCAGAUGGGAGGACAUGUUGAGACUGGAUCUGCUAUUUUCUAAUUAGAUAUUGAUGAAAACAAAUCAUUUACGCCACCAGAUUUUGGUGUUACCAUUCUAGGAUGUGUAAUUAACAUAAAUCAUAUUACUUUAGUCACAUGGAUUCGAUCCUAAAGGGUCAACUUCUGGUUAUAUUUUCUGGGUUAAUGGAAGAGGAAUUAUGGUUGAUCCACCUCCUUUUGCUUCCUAUCAUAUGAAAUAGAUGGGAAUUCCAUCAAUACUAAUUUGUGCAGUUAUUAUUAGUCACUGUCAUGCUGAUCAUGAUGCUGGUACAUUCCAUAAGAUAUUGGAUGAUACUCGAGUAGAGAUUAUAACAACUAGAACAAUUAUGAAUUCUUUUUUGAGAAAGUAUUCUGCUAUGUCGAAUAUUGAUGUUGAUUCUUUAAGGAGAUUAUUUAUUUUUAGGUAUUGCUCAAUUAAUUAUCCCUAGACCAGCUAUCAUUGGAAUUCCUUUGAAUAUCUAUGGAGCCUACUUUAAUUUCUUCUAUGCUAUGCACACUAUUCCAAGUCUAGGCUUUAGUGUUAAAUUAGAGAAUAAAUCAAUUUAUUUUUCAUCUGAUACAUUUUUUGAUCCAGAUUAAUUGUUGGUCUAUAAAAAUCAAGGAAUACUCUCACAAAAGAGAUAUGAACACUUAGCCUUUGUAGAAUUCAAAGAAGAUCUAAUUCUUCAUGAGGCAGGAGUUCCUCCUAUCCACACUGCAUAGUCUGUGCUUGGCAAAUUACCGAACAACAUUAAAAAUCGACUUUAUCUCGUUCACACUGCCUAAAAGGACUUGAAAAAGGAGUUAGGUUUAAAGAUAGCCAAAACUGGUAUAGAAAAUACUAUGAUAUUGAUACCAAGUAAUACAAAUAAGCAUUUGACAACAAUAAGAAGACUUGAUCUGCUUUCAACAAUAGAUAUUUUUGAGCAUCUGACUUUGAAAAAUGUAAGAUGGCUUUUAGAUUCAGUUACUUCUGAGGAGUUCUUUCCAGGAUAAAAUGUUAUCAAGGAGGGUUCUGCUGGAGAUAGAUUCUAUAUUAUUGAAUCAGGACUAGCAAGAGUCUACUCAAAGUAGAAAGGAUAGGAAUUCGAAAGAUACUAUUAGGUUGGUGACUAUUUCGGUGAAUCUGCUGUUUUAUCGAAUGAAGGAAAAAGAGGAGCAUCGUAUUUAUUAUUAUUAUUAUUAAUUUUUUUAGUGUUGAAGCUGUUACAAAUCUGAAAGUUCUGAUUUUAGAGAAACAUGAUUUCUGGUUUAUAUUUGGGGAUGGUCUUGGGGGACAAGGUCCAAUUAUCUAAAAAAUGAAAUAAUUGACUGCUGCCAGAAGGUCUAAAGCUGUUCAUUGCUUAUUUAAGAAUUCUAUUCUAUCUGAAUUGACUCCUUCAUAAAAAACACAAUUAGAAAUGAUAAUGAGAGAAUAAGAAAUUGAAAAAGGGACUGUACUUUGGAAAGUUGGAGAGAAAGCAGAGUUUGCUUUCAUAAUUAAGAGAGGAACCUUUGCAUUUUAUGAUUGUCCAGAAUAAGAUCUAGAAGAAUUAGACUCAGGAGCUUAUGUUGGAGAAUUAAGAGCCAUAAUUGAAAAUACUACAAUUUCUACAUCGAUUAGAGCAACCAGAAAAGCUACAAUAUUCAAGAUUUCCAAAAAGGAUUUAAUUAGUUUUGCUAAUAAACAUCCUGGAAUCUACAUGAUAUUGAUUGAUACAAAAUAUUUAGAAUGAAU